AUGUCGGAUCGCUACCCGAAUCUGCUGGGUGAUACUCGCAACAGCGCAUUUCGCGCGCCGCACAACAUCUUUGACAAUCAAGCACGCAUUCUGCCAGUUGACUUCGACGUAGUGGAGCCUUUCAGGAGCGACGCGGAAGAUAAGGUCGUGGUGUGGUGCUCACCGCUGCUCGAGGCUUACUUCAGAACGACUUUCGCGCGGAGAUACAUCAGGGAGCUCCAAAAGGUUUACUCUGCGGAGAUGACGCGUCCUCGCCGGACUCGAAAGCAGGUCCUUGAGGCUGUCAGAGCCGUUGUUCACGCACACCAAGGCCACGCAGAGUUUCACCACGUCUUGACCGAGAUCGCCAUGGUGCAACUUCGGUGCAAUGCCCUCAAACAGCGUCACGGCAUAAUUCCUGUGGCGCUCGGCUGUUCGAAAGACAGUUGCACCUUUUUACCCGAAUUGCAGGCGACGGACUUGUGGUUGGUCUGGGAAAAUGCUCCUCAAGAUCUUGACAAGACCUUCUUCAAGCUUCUGAAGCGCUGGUACUCGCACGAGAUCUCAUAUAUAUCCAGCUUGCAACGGGGUUUCGACCAACACAGGACCCUUCUGCCUAUGGCUCAGCAUCAACUUGACGCGCGCAAACGCGCUGUCUGUGAUGGAAUCAUCAGAGCAGAUGGCAUUGACAAACGAAAGUCACGAACGAAAGCGCUUGGCAACAACAUCACCAGCGCAAAGAGUCGCCUCCACGACACCGCAACGCGAAAGAUGAAGCUCUUGUCCGCGCUCGGCAAAGGAAACGUCUCGACGAUGGAGACCAAGGACCGCAACCCGCGGAGAUUGCAUGGCACGUGUGAGUGGUUCAAGAGCCACCAAUUCUUCAAAGACUGGCAAUCGUCUGCUAGUGCUCGUGUUCUCCUGGUAACUGCCGACCCCGGCUGUGGCAAGUCGGUCUUGGCCCGGCACCUGAUUGAUGACGUGCUGCGCAACAAGGCUUCUGUCAGUUACUUCUUUUUCAAGGACGACUUUGAAAGCCAAAAGUCGCUCCUGGGUGCACUGCGGAGCAUCUUGCACCAGAUACUCUCCGACAACAGCCACCUGAUUACCGAGGACUUGCUGGCGAGAUUCGAAGACAAGUCGCUCAAACUCGACUCUGCCGCUAUGCUCUGGGACGUCUUGGUGGGGCUACCCAGCCCCGCGUACUCAAGCGAUCUUGUCUGCGUCAUUGAUGCCCUCGACGAGUGCGGGGAGAGCGGCGGGCGAGAUCUCAUCGCGAAACUCAGCGAGUUCCAGGAGUCGAGAGGCGCCAACCCAAGGCUAAAGUUUCUCGUCACGAGUCGGCCGUACAGUUUUGUCGGCAGGCCAUUCCAACUUUUGCAGCAGCAGUACCCCACAAUCCAUAUCAGUGGUGACGGUGCGACACAAGCGCAGCAGAUCAGCAAGGAAGUCGAUCUGGUCAUCAAACACAGAAUUAAGAACUUGGUCAACCUGAGCUCAGCAGAGAAACAGUUCUUGCUGCAAGAGAUCCAAAAGGUUCCCAAUCGGAGCUACUUGUGGGUCAACCUGAUGCUCAACGAGAUCGAGUAUAUGAGCAGGUUCGAUCCCGAGAGUCUGCGCAAGCGGCUCGGGAGUCUGCCGCGAACCAUCGAGGAAGCCUACGAGAGCGUUCUCCGCCGCGUCCAACAGGCUGACAGAGAGGACGCGUCCAACAUCCUCCACUUCAUCGUCGCUGCGCAUCGGCCGCUUACGGUUGCCGAGAUGGCCGUUGCGAUUGAGCUUCAAGAAAAGCACUGGCGCGCUAGGAGCGCAGUGAACGUCGACGCGAAUGCUAGGUUCGAGAAGUUUCUUCGUGUUGUCUCUGGAUUCUUCAUCAUCAUUGUCGAUGACCGGGUUCACCUACUGCAUCAGACCGCACGCGAAUUUCUCAUCUCAACCUCAGGCAAGGCCGCGUCUUCUCACGACGAGGAACUGGUCCAAAUUCUUAUCGAUGGCGGCGUUGAUCUCAACGUACAGGAUUUCGGCGGUCGCACGGCUCUGACCAUAGCCAUAGAGAGAGGUUGGGACGGUGUGGUCGAGCUCCUGGUGGCAGCUGGAGCUGACACGGAGACGCUCGACCAUGAAGACAUGUCUCCGCUCAUGUUGGCUAGUACAGACACGGCCUAUCGCAACGCAUUCUUACACAUCCUCGAUGAAGACCCGGACUUGGCGUUUGCCAACGGAGACGGCGAAACCGCCCUACUCUACGCUUCGCAUCAUUGCAUGGGCGAAUACGUGGAACUCCUUGUGAGACGUGGUGGCUUCGACCUGAACCACGCCAACAACGAUGGCAACACUGCUCUCCAUCUUGCAGCAAAGUCAAUCCUGGAUCCCAUCGGACUGGACAUGCCUCCCGGCUCCGAGGACUAUGCGCCCGGGAUCUUGAGCACGCUUCUGAAGCAUGGAGCCAACCCUCAUGCUCGCAACAAGAAAGGCCAAACGCCUCUUCACCUGGCAGCCGAGUACCAGUACCGGUCUCUCGAGAGAAUCGAGUCACUGAUCAACUAUGGAGCUCCGCUCUGGGCGCAAGACUCUCACGGUCGCACCCCAUUGCAACUCGCCCAGAAGGUCGAGGCUGUAGAAUCCGUCGGGGUCCUCCAGAUGUACAUGCGCGGCUGGCGACCGUGUCCAGAGCAAGCGACUUCGUCGACUCCGAACCGCUCGGCGUUUCUGCAGAAUGGGCGGAACAAGCAUAUGCAGAUGGUCCCUGCGUUCCGGUUCGAUGCGCCACCACCAACUUCUCGGGCGUCAGGUGACUCGAGCUUCAAACAGAAAGCCUGGGACGCAUUCACUCGCGCCUCUGGUGACGCCUCUCCUCGUUCCUUCACUAGAACAUCGAUUGCCAGCGCGAAACUUCUAUGUCAAUUCCCAAAGUUGCUCACAAUGUCGUCUGCCAAUCCCCUCCAAACCGCAUCAGACCGCCACAUCCGCGCCGUGCUCACCGCAUUGUGCCGAAAAGACCGCAAACUCGAGCGUGAGGCGCUCACUAUGCUGGCACACCUCGAGACAUUCGAAACUUCACGAUUACAGGCCAAAAACUCGCAACAGCCGCCGCCCAGCUCAGUCCUAGGGGUCAAGCGUAAGAUGGCUUCGGAGGACGACCAUCACAGCAGCGGGGCCGGCACUGGCGGUGCGGCGGAGAUCUGCGUCAAGUGCGGCAGCGCCUUUGACUCGGAUACUAACAACACGCAGGCUUGUCGGAGUCAUCCUGACGGUGCCACGACUGAGCCCGACGACGAGGGCGACUUCUGGGCAGACCAUGAUGAAGACUGCCACGGCAUCAUCGACUCGAAGGAGCUUCGGGAAGAGUAUCCUGAUGGCUACCUCUGGACCUGCUGUGGCGAGACGGGCUCGCAUCCGGGCUGUCAGAUUGGGCCUCACAAGUCGAGGUUUGACCCUGUCGUGAAGAUGGGUCACUGA